AACUAUUUGGAUAUAAUUCUCUUGCGCAUUGCACAUAGUACUUCUCGUGUCAAUUAGGAGUGAUGAUAUAAAGUCGAUAUACAGUAGCGCAUACCAACUAUUCCAAACCUCUUAAACAACUCCUUGUAUUCUUCCAAACAGAAAUUAAAUAUGAAUUACAAGGAUGGAGUGAUAUAUUUACUGUUUGGUUUUAUUAUUUUUCAUAUUACAAGUUCUCAGAGCAGUCAAUGCCGGACUCCGAAUAAUGAGCUUGGCAAGUGUUUGAGCAUCAAGAGAUGCCCGGAACUGAUAUUGAUUCUUAGGUCGGUGCCGCUCAAUCCAAUGAAUGUUAAUUUUCUAAGGGCAAGUCAAUGCAGCUUUCAGAACGGUGAUCCCUUCGUUUGCUGUCCGAUACGAAACAUAUCUCAAAAUCCCUAUUCAAAUGGUAAAGAUGGACGAAGCAACGGCGACUCAAGUAAUGGUCCAAUAAAUAGUUCGAUUAAUGGCCCGACCGCUGGAAGAUUUUGGAAUCAAAGAGACGACAUUGCAAAAUUGGAAGCUAGUAGUCUUUUACCGAUCGAUUGCGGUCGUGAUCUUUCGAAUCGUAUCAUUGGUGGCAACGUUACGGAGCUCGACGAGUUUCCCUGGAUGGCACUUCUAGAAUACCGCAAGCGUAACGGUAAGACAACAGCUUGCGGAGGUGUUCUAAUCAGUAAGCGCUAUGUUUUAACGGCGGCUCAUUGUAUUAAGGGUCGUUCCUUACCUAAGACCUGGAAUCUGGUCGCAGUUCGACUGGGCGAAUAUAACACGGCAACGGAACGAGAUUGUAUCCCGGAUGGGAACGAUAGCCAAGUAUGCGCAGAAGAGCCGUUGACGGUCCCAGUGGAAGAACAGAUUGCCCAUGCGGAUUAUGCACCUGAAACCAAUGGAGAAAAGAACGAUAUUGCGUUGUUGCGGCUCUCACGUGAGGUUACUUUCACCAAUUUUGUGAAGCCGAUUUGCCUGCCAAGUGGACCAGAGCUUAACAAGAAAUUUCAGGUUGCCGGCUGGGGCAGAACCGAAAGUAAAUCCGAGUCCGAGGUAAAGUUAAAAGUGACGCUAGGUCUGGCAAACAAAGCAGCUUGUGCAGAAAAAUAUCUCGGGUACGGUAUUAUCCUCGGGGACGGACAAAUUUGUGCCGGAGGGGAGAAGGGCAAAGACUCCUGCAGGGGCGACUCUGGGGGCCCCCUCAUGCAGCAGGAUAGAACUUCAGAUGGAACAUUAAAGUGGAAAUCUGUAGGAGUCGUCUCUUUCGGACCUUCGCCUUGUGGAAUGCCUGGUUGGCCUGGCGUCUACACGAAACUUUACGAUUAUAUGUCUUGGAUAUUAUACACGAUUCGACCCUGAUUCCUAUUGGUUGAUUCAACAAGAACUCUUUAUGGUUCUAAUAGAUAGAUAUUCAUUGUAUGCACCAAUGCAUUUAAUCAUAGUGUACGUGUAACCGAUAUUAUAAUAGUUUGAGAGAAGGAUUAUUGUAUUGGAAUGUACGA